GAUGCUGCAGGUGGUGGUCGCUUUCUGAAGACUCUGCUGUGCUUGCACGACGAUGGAGGCUUGGUAGUUGUGAAGGUCUACUACAAGCGAGACGAUGUCCCUGACCUGCGAGGAUAUGAAUCCAGGCUCCUGGAGAUCAGGGAACGUCUGUCAGGGCCUGCAUGCGUGCAUGUGCUGCCUUUCCAGGCAUUCCUGGAGUCUGACAGGGCAGCCUACCUGAUCCGACCAUACAUCUUUGCAGACCUGUACCAUCGACUCAGCACCAGGCCGUUCCUGAGCAGCAUUGAAAAGAGAUGGAUAGCCUUCCAGCUGCUGCAUGCGCUGGCGCAAGUGCACGAGAGAGGGGUCUGCCAUGGGGACAUCAAGUGCGAGAACGCUCUGGUCACAUCGUGGAACUGGGUGUACCUGGCAGACUUUGCCUCCUACAAACCCACAUACCUACCAGUCGAUAACCCGGCUGAUUUCUCUUUCUAUUUUGACACGGGUGGCCGGAGGCGCUGCUACAUUGCUCCAGAGCGCUUCUAUGAGUCCGGCACGUCAGAUGUUGGGCAGCUGGCUGUGCAGAGAUUGAUGCCAGAAAUGGACAUCUUCUCGAUGGGUUGUGUUAUUGCUGAGUUGUUCAUGGAGGGCAAGGCGCUGUUCGACUUGUCAAAGCUGCUGUCCUACAGGAGAGGAGAAUAUGAUCCGUCCAACGAUCUUGCUCAGGUGGAGGCCCCCAUGCAGCAGCUUGUAAUGCACAUGAUCCAGCUAGAGCCAGGCAAGAGGCUGUCGGCGGCAGCUUAUCUGGAGCAGUGGGGUCCCCGCCUGUUCCCAGCCUAUUUUGAGGCUGUGCUGCACCCGUUCUUUACAGCGCUGCUGCCCAUGGACGCCGACGAGCGCGUGGCAGCCAUGCUCAUCGUGGCGGCAGGGUAUCAGGGCAGGGAGUCGACGGCCAACGGCAUGGUGCUCAUCACGGUUCUCCUGUGCACCCUCGUCAGAGGAGCCAAGCUUCAGGAGGCCAAGACUCGGGCGGUGGCGCUGCUGAGCAAGGCUGCAGCGCUGUGCGAUGAUGACACGCGGCUGCAGCGGGUGGUGCCCUACCUGCUGUCAAUGAUGCUGAAGGGGGAGGCGCCUGCCAGCGUGCAGUGCGCGGCGCUGCGAAGCCUGAGCCACGUGCUGAGCACCAUCGACACCGUGCCCACCAGUGACGCCAAGAUCUUCAACGAAUACAUACUUCCGGCGCUGUCGCUGAUACCGGCGGAGGCAGAGGAGUCGGUGCGAGUGGAGUAUGCUGGUAUACUGGCGCAGCUGGCUGCCACCGCCCACCGCUUCCUCAUGCGCCUGCAGAUGCCCGCCACGUCCACCCAGCAGCAGGAGCAGAUGGGGGCGCUGAGGAGCGCGUUCACGGGGGUGUUCCAGGACCUGGUGGUGUCCCCGCGAUCCACCCCCUUCACGCGCCGCGCCAUCCUCCCCCACCUUCCCCACCUCGCCACCGUCCUCGGCCGCAAGCUGAGCAAUGAUUUCCUGCUGCCCACGAUGAUCACAUUCCUGAACGACCGCGACUGGCAGACGCGCGCGGCCUUCUUCCGGGACGUCUCCUGCAUCGCAUCCCAGGCCGGCUUCUCCGGCAUGGAAGCCUUCCUGCUGCCCUGCGUUGAGCAGGCGCGCCCCUCUGACUCCUCCCUCUCCCUUCUUGCGCUUGCGGAUGAGUCAGAGGCGGUGAUAGCGGAGGCGAUCGGGUUCCUGACGCGCGUGGUGGAGGGCCGCCACAUGCGCAAGCGUUCCCUGCUGGCCGCCACCGCGCGCGUGGCCGCCAAGCUGCAGCACACCGCCUCCACAGCCAUGCGCGCGGCCGCCUCCGACUUCAUCGCGGCUGCCGCGCGCUCGCUGUCCCCGGCCGAGACCUACGCGCUGCUCACGCCGCUGGUCAUGCCGGCUAUGGCCACCGAGCCCGUCAUCAUGACCGAUCCCCGCUCUGUCGCUGCCUGCUUCCGCCCAGGUGACUCCUCUCAAACCACGCUUGAUGGUAUUGGAAACGCAUGUCUAUUCACUCUGCUCAACCGCACGCCGCGGGGCCGGCUCGGCCGACGGCGCCCCUCCCCCACAACAUGCAGCCGACGUCGCGCGGCUGGUCGCUCAUGCCAAGCGCCUCAACAAGCCCACCGCGGAAAUGGUGCGCUUACCACCUUUACUUUGUUAGACCAAUUGCCCUCUUGCUGUUACAAUGCCACGUUCAGCAGCUGUAGCAGGAGAAAGUGGUGCGAGCGUGGGCUGAGGGGGAGAAGCACGGUGCAGGCGAGUGUGUCGGGGCGGCUAGCGGCGGGCGUGCGCAGCAUCCACCUCAGCAGUGAGGGCCCGCUCAGCUUCCAGCCGGGCGGCGCCUCGCGCGGCAUCAGCGAUGCAAUUGAUGCCGCCAUCCACACCGACCUGCCCGCACACCCCUACGCAGGCACCACGCCGUGGCAGCCGCGUGGCGUGCUGGUGGCGCACCUGGCGGAGCACAAGAGGGCGGUGAACCGGAUCGCGGUCGCGCCCAACGGCGCCUUCUUCGUGACGGCCUCCAACGACGAGACGUGCAAGAUCUGGGACUCGCGCCGCCUCGAGAAGGACAUCUCCUUCCGCUCCAAGCUCACCUACGCAUCUCAGGCAUGCUCCCAGCAGGCAUUUGAGUCUAAAAAUGAUGUGGCGUCGGCGUCCAGCAACGGCAGCGUGCACGUGUGGCGCGUGGAGUACACCAGCCGCUCCGGGGGCGCCCCCGACCGCUACAACGGCAUCAUAGGCACGCCAGCCCCUCUGUCUCAUCUGCAGCAUUCCCCUACAUCCACACACUUCCAGAACUGCAGCGGCAUACACGCCUGGGACCUGCGCGCCGACACCCUCGCCUGGACGCUGCCCUGCACCUCCAAUCAGGCGCGGCCCCGCCUCAUUCCCCUGCGCGGCUGCGCAUGGCUGCUCACCGGCAGCAGCCGCGGCUAUCUGACACUGUGGGACAUGCGCUUCCAGCUCGCCGUCAACUCCAUCCAGCAGCCCCAGGGGUUCCCUAUCGAUGCACUGGCGCCGGCCCUGGCGCCGCCGACAAAGCUGGGCCUGCAGGAGUCCUCGCUGGCCACGCCCCUCGUGUACGUGGCUGCAGGGCCCCAGGAGAUUGGCCUCUACGAUGUGGAGCAGGGCAAGUGCCACCAGGUGCUGCGAGUGAUUGGGAAGGACGAGCCGGACUCGGUACGCAGCGAGCUCCCCUACGCGAUCAGGCGCGCGCAGAAGCCGCUGCCGCCCGCCAUGGACGCCGCCGGCCUCGCCAGGCACCUUUCCGUUGCAGAGCUGCAGGCGCCGCCGCAACGGCCGGCGGGCUGCCGGGCGCUGCUGCCGACGGGGGCCGGCCCGCUGCUGAGCGGCGGCAGCGACGGCUGCGUGCGGUUCUGGGACGCGGCGCGCCCCGACGCCAGCUUCAUGGUGUCCGGGCCG